CGCAAGUCCCGAGCUGCGCUUCAAGGCCGCACUCGCAGCCCUCAUUACGUGCGGCCUUGCUACAGCGAUCUACUUCCACGAGGUCGAGGGCGAGCAGAGGGCCGUGCAUAUUCCCCGAUACCUGGGACUCGGAGACUCCUCGACGAUCUCUCUGCGCCGCGCAGCACGCGACUCUCUCGGCCUCGACAGCGUCUGCGAAACCGCCCCCUGCCUGCGACUCUCCGGAUCGAGGAGCGAAGCAGCGGGGAGCCUCUCGCCGGUAUGGCGGGCCUCGACGACCGGUGCUUCCUCGCUCGCUACAAUCUUGUAGUCGAGGUUGAAGGCAAGAAGGCUGUCAUGGAGUGGACGCGCAGCCAAUUCCUGCCUCCGAUCCCAAGCAGGCUCUUCGGCAUUCUUCGCGCCGAGCUUGGCCAAGCCAAUCUCGACCAUGUCCAGCCGCCGUCUUUCGCGACAUGGAAUUGGACAGCUUUGAAGUCGGAGCAAUCAAUGGGGUGGCCGAACAGCUUCUUGCAGGCCUCGACGAUGCUGAUGGAAAUGUGUCGUCGAGCCGUCGCGAUCUCGGAGGGGGAGCUGCCGCGGGUCUACCUCCUGCGUGCCAAGGGCGAGGAGAAGACGUGGACAUUGCCCGUGUCCCUGUUGCCCGAGGGCAACCUGAGGGGCACCGAUGUGAUCAUCCCCGUCGACUCAGUGGCACCGGCGGUGUGGAUUGCCUUCAAGCAGUCCGAUGACCUCAGCACAGUGGCGGACAGUGAGUGGGUCUUGCACAGCGGAACAGACAGCAAGCUCCUCGUCGAUGUCGUCAAGAUGGCCCGCGCACUGGUCGCUAUUGGAGAUUGGCAGCCGCCCCUCAGCAAGGUCCGCCGCAAGAGCAAGGAGGACAGGGCGAACGGGGUGAUGGACGGGACGCUGCCGACGGAUGACAAAACGAUCCGCAUCUUCGGCAUCGAGGUGUACCGUCCUGGCCCUCUGGCCGGCAAGGACACCGUCUUCGUCAAGCUGGACAUCCCCGCACGCAAGCUCAUCUGGACGACUGAGGCCGGAGACCGGGCUACCCAGGUCGUCGACGAGGAUGACCCCAGCGACCGAUGUGGCCAAGUCAAGCUGGCGUUGGAGGCGUAUCUGGCCUCGAAGGCGAAGACUGCUGGGGACGGAGAGGAGAGCGGGGUGUACAGCGGCAGCACUGGCGGUAGCGGCAGCGGUGCAAGUGCCAGUGGGAGUUGAGCAAAGGCUGGGUCGGUAGAGAGAGCUGGGGGGUCGUCGAAGCAUCGGACGGCCUCGAAGAAGAAGCCAAGAAGUGAGGAUGAGGCGGGGGGCAAGCAAGGCUACCAGCGUGAGACAUCACUUGAGUAGCGGCAAUGCCGCGGAAGCAGCCAGCGAUCGCAGGUGCGACCUGAAUUGCGCUUUUGACCGGGAGUCGUGCUACGCAGUGACGAAAAUUGAUCGCUCGUGGUGGUGCGCAGGUUCGAGAUCAGUCUGCAGUACGUCGAGCGGUGGCUGGCAGGGCAAAGAAGU